AUGCUUUUCUCCAUGAACUUCAUAUCUUCACAAACUUGCGUGACUUUUGAAGAAAACUGUUCAAUUCCUAACAGGGUCCAACUUGUUAACGGUAAAGGCUGUUCAUCAUACAUUGGGAUGAAUAACAUAGUACAACAUCUAACAUUUAACGAUACGUGCAUAGACUUUGGAACUGCUGUUCAUGAAUUAAUGCAUGCAUUAGGUGUUAUUCACACCCACUCUAGACUUGAUCGAGAUAACUUUUUAAACAUUAAUCUGACAAAUGUGUCCAAGGAAAUGAUGCAUAAUUAUGCAAUUUUCAACCAAUCUACAAACGUUGUACCUUAUGAAUACGGAAGCACUAUGCAUUACUAUGCGAAUAUAUCGACAAUGUUUCCCAAGAAGUCAGAAUACUCUGCCACACUUGGAAUAGGAAGAGUCACGUUUUAUGAUAUGGUAAUUUUAAAUACUGCAUACAACUGCAAAUGUCCAAAUGAAUUAUUGUGUGGAAAUGGAGGAUACACAAAUCCGUCGAAAUGCUCGGAAUGCAUUUGUCCGUUGGGAUAUGGUGGAGUCUUGUGUGAUCGUCCAAUUACUGGUAGUGUCCAGUUGAGUGCAGAGUCUUAUUGGAAAGGAUACUGGAUUGCCAUUGGAAUUACCCUACCUGUCUUAUUAAUGGAUUGGAGAUCAAAUAUAUGGGGGAUCCCAGAAUCACAAAUCCAAUUUAUUGUUCGGCUGAUUUAA